AUGGCUUCAGGUGCACCCACGCGGCAGCCGUCAGAUGACCUGGGCGGCGACAUCUUGACAUUCUCAGAGCUCGAUUUUGCGAGACUUGGACUUACAAAUAAAGAUGUUGAUAAUGGUUUCCCGCCAGGCGAUGAUUUUCUGUCCCAGCACUUGCAGUUCCAGACUCAGGACGACGGGUUUACGUCGCAUCAGGACCUCUUCACCGACGAUUUACUCAACCUCGACAUUCCGACAGAUCCACAAAGUGAAUUUUGGCUUGACCCAGCACUGAAUCUGAAUUCAUGGCAAGCGCCUGCGUCGAUGCAGACGGAUAUCAAUCGGGACAUUUCUAUUUCGCCACUUGCAUCAAUCGAGAACCGGACUGGAACACCAAUAACUACGAACCCCUGGUCAGUCCCUGGAUUCAGUCCGAGUUUUGGUAGGUCUCCCACACAGGAGACUCAGCAGCACAGUCUCCCAAGAAAAAGAAGUCACUAUUUCCGCCACCAACCUCAAAGAGUCGCCAGUGACCCCAUUUCAAUACCACGCUCAAAUAUCCAAAGCGACAGUGCUCUAGACCCUAUGCAGCGAUGGCAGGAGUCUCCGCCCGAAGCCGAAGCAGCUUCACUAUCCGCCAUCUGCGAUGCCCUCGAGAAGACUCCCCUACGCACUCGUUCGUCUGCCGGAAGUCUGGGGAGUCGCCGCGUCGGUAGUCGCGCAGGCAGCCGUGCAGGGUCCAACGCAAGCCUCGGCAGCGUGACAAGCUGUUCGUCUGUUUCAGCGGGAUCACAAUCUCCCCAAUCCAGGACGAGGCGAACUUCAUCGCGGGGUAGAGUUGCUAAAUCGAAGCGAGCGUCUGCCGCUAAGGGCAAAGGAACUGAGAAGAGGCGCUUUCCAUGUACGUUUUGCUGCGAUAGCUUCAAGAGCAAGUAUGACUGGGCGCGACAUGAAAGAUCGUUACAUCUGGAUUUACAAGGUUGGCGGUGCACUCCCUUCGGCGGAGCCGUAUCCUCGCCAGAUACAGGAAGAAGUCAUUGCGCUUAUUGUAACCAACUCGACCCGACAACGGAGCAUCUCGAAACCCAUAACCACGCCGGUUGUCAGGAUAACGAGAAGCCGCAUAUCUUCCGCCGCAAAGACCACCUUGUUCAGCACCUCCGGCUUGUCCACCACGUCCAGACAUUGCCGAUUAUAGAUUCGUGGAAGGUCGAGGGGCCGCCCGUGAAGUCGAGAUGCGGGAUCUGCAGCAUUCGUAUGGAGACCUGGCAAGAACGCGUGGAGCAUCUGGCGAAGCAUUUCCGAAAAGGCGACACAAUGGCGGACUGGAAGGGAGAACACGAUUUUGAGUCGCAUGUCAAAGCGCGAGUGACGAACUCUCUUGCACCGUAUAUGAUCGCGGCGGAGGAACGGGCGCCGGUGCCCUUUUCGGCGACUGAUCCAGGCACGCGGGAUCAUCUUCUACAGAUAAAACAAAACGCGGGACAAACCAUAACCACAUCUGAAACAGGCCUUCUAGAAAGUGGUAGUUUGGAUUUAACCGCAGAGGAGAAUUUGCUAGUACCGGGACCAUCCAUGACACAGGAUGUCAAUUCCAUGGCGUUCCCCGAGUAUCUAGUGCAUCUUCUAGGGAGAUAUGCACAACAGCAGAUGAGCCUCGGAGUCAUGCCCACGGAUGAUAUGUUUCAGACGGAGGCGAGGAGGAUUGUUUACAAUACUUCGGACCCGUGGGAUCAGACUCUCGCGGACAACAAGGAUUGGCUUUCAUGUUUUCGGAAUCAUCAUCUCGGUGGCCCUUCGAGUGGCUGA